GCUUCCAACAUGAAAAUACCAUCACCAAAUAAACACUUAUAGAGUUAACACAUACACACAAGUACAAUACUAGUACAAUAUAUAGUAUUGUUACAAUAAGAAUAAAAUUAAAGCAUCAAAAAAUGGCUAGAACAAUGACUAGCAAGAGAAUGAGAGUACUCCAAACACUCUCAAUCUCGAUCGCUCUUCUCAUGAUCCUCACCCAUGCCCCGUCGGUCCGAGGGCAGGACGCCUCCGAGUGUGAGGCGGCCGCUAGUGGAGGAUGUUACGACAAGGAGAAAUCCUUGAAGUUAAAAGUCAUAGGAAUAUUUACCAUAUUAGUAGCUAGUAUGAUUGGAAUAGGGUUACCCUUAUUUUCAACGGCUUUUCCCGCGUUACACCCCGAUCGUAACGCGGCUGUUAUAGUUAAAAUCCUAGCCGCGGGGGUAAUUUUGUCCACGGGUUUUAUGCACGUACUCCCAGAUUCAUGGAAUAAUUUAACUUCGCCCUGUUUGCCUGAAAACCCUUGGAGGAUUUACCCUUGGUCUACUUUUAUAGCUAUGGUUACGACGGUUUUGACCAUGAUGAUGGACACGGUUGCAACCGCGUACUUUAAGAAGAAGGGAUUGAAGAGGAUGCACGCCCAUUGUGGUGGUAACCACAAUAUCGGUGGCGGUGUUGGUGUUGUACACAACAUGCAGAGUCCUAGAGAAGGGGAUAUGGAAAUGGUGGAUCAAAGUCAUAAUAACAACAAAGAACAAGUAGUUGUUGCACAAGAAAAAGAGACUCAACUAUUGAGAUAUCGUAUUGUGGCUCAGGUAUUAGAGAUGGGAAUAGUAGUGCACUCGGUGGUGAUAGGACUUUCAAUGGGUGUUUCUAACAAUCCAUGUACCAUUAGACCACUUGUCGCGGCUAUGUGCUUCCAUCAGCUCUUUGAGGGCAUGGGUCUUGGUGGUUGCAUCUUACAGGCGGAGUACGGGAUCAAGAUGAAAGCAACAAUGGUAGCAUUCUUUUCAGUAACAACACCAUUUGGAAUAGCUCUUGGGAUUGGUAUGCUAAGUUUCUAUAAUGAGAAUAGCCCAGCUGCCCUAAUUGUGGUAGGAAUACUAAAUGCUACUUCAUCCGGACUUCUAAUUUACAUGGCUUUGGUGGACUUAUUAGCAUGUGAUUUUAUGGGACCUAAACUUCAAGGAAAUAUCAAGCUUCAAUUAGUUUGCUAUCUUGCUGCCUUCAUUGGCAUGGGAGUUAUGUCUCUCAUGGCUAAAUGGGCGUAAGGAACUAACGUAUACAAAGAACGUUAAUUCUACCCACGACGUAAAGUAAAAAAGAAAUUAUGUUCGUAGGUAACUUGUUGUAUAUGUAUCGGGUAGAUAAAGUUUUUUUCUUGCACGAAAAUAUUCUCUUAUUGGCAAAAGGGUUAAGAUUUUAUGACAUUUGUAACCUUAUCAAAGGUUAGGUACAUGUUUUUUUUUUUUAAAUUGAAGCUUGCAUUCCAAUGUUCAUAGUUGAAUAAGAUUAAAGUUGAUUGUGUAAUUUGUGAUGAUAGAAAAUUGACAAGUUGAUUCUCAGUUUACGUCAAAUAAGUACGUUGAGAUGCUUCAUUGUCACUAUCUCAUACGUACUUCAUGUAGAUUUUUUAUUUGAGUUGAAUAUCAAUUUAAUGGUGGAAAUUGUCAGUCUCUAAGCAAUGUCAUCAAAUUGUGUUUGGUUAGCAUUUCAAAUCAUAAGACUGCAUAUCUAAAAUAUGAUCUUGCA